ACGAAACUCUUGCUUAGAGCUUUGUGGACCACCGUCUAGAGUUUCAUACUUGAGAAGAAACGCGACACGAGGCAACUCCUUACAUGACUGUCUGUUUGAACUCAUUGCAUGUGAUUGUAUGAGAUCCUCUGUCAUCCGUACUGAAGGUUUGAUUUCUCCCGCAAGGAUGUACACGACGGGACUGAAUCCUUUUUACGCAUCGAAUUUUAGCCUUUGGACUGCGUACUGUUCGGGUGGUUUUGGGGUGGAUACCAUGAAAAAACCCUCGUUUUGUAUCGCUGACAUUCUACACGUUGGAGAUGCCGAGAACAUACCCGGGUCAUCGGCUCUGAUGGCCCACAUUGGUGCCCGGGGGCAGGUUCAUUCGUCAGGAUCUCCUCUGCGCCCGUCCCCGGUCGCUCCGGACGCGCGACUUCACCCCGCGUCAGCGUAUCACAGGCAUGGAAUACACCUGACAUCUGUGUCCAGAGCCGCGCUUAACGCGCAAUCCGCGCCUCCGCCGUCCAGUAAAGACCUCAAGUUCGGGAUCGAUCGGAUAUUAUCCACAGACUUUGAGCCCAAAGGCAAAGAAUGCACAUCACUGCGAGAUCUCACAUCGAUUGUUAGUCCGAAUCGGCAGCAAGCAGUCCAUGUGUCUGUGCAGCCGCCCGCCAGCGUGUACUUCGCGUCCAUAGACCCGACCAUGAGUGAUACCUCCUCCGUGAUGGGUUCAAUAACCAAUGCAGCCAGACAAUCAGGGCAACAUCAGUUUCAGGACACCUUCCCAGGUAGGCCGUAUGCAGUGCUAUCCAAAGACACAAUGCCACAGACGUACAAGAGAAAAAGAUCUUGGUCAAGAGCCGUCUUCUCCAAUCUCCAGAGAAAAGGACUCGAAAAGCGUUUCGAAAUCCAGAAGUAUGUCACUAAACCGGACAGAAAACAACUGGCUGCGAUGCUUGGCCUUACAGAUGCACAGGUAAAAGUUUGGUUCCAGAACCGACGGAUGAAAUGGAGACAUUCCAAAGAGGCUCAAGCCCAGAAAGACAAAGAUAAAGAACAGCCCGACAAAUCCACGACUGAAACCGAACAAAAAGAUCGCGACGAAUCUGAAUGCGAAAGCGAACCGAGCGAAUCCGAAUUCGAGGAUGGACCGGAUGACAAAAGUGACGUGGACAUUUGUGAACUGAACAAAGCCAGUGUGAUUAUUCCUGGACCUGUUCCGAUGAACACAGAUGACACAACAAACAUCACGACAGAGACGAGCACAGCGACACAAAUACUGCUGUGAGAAACCAUGAACCCAAAAAUCUGAUGUGAACGCCUAAGAUCACAAAUAAGACUCCGGCCUACUUGAGUCCUGGUUUCAUAUCAGUGUGAAACAAACUCUCUCAUGGAAACCACUGCCGUUCUUUAUGACGAUUUGGGAAUUUAAUAUUCAUGAAUUAAGACUGUUGAUAAACUUGAUUGUAUUAUAUUUUGUCUGUAAGUAUUUGCACUGAAAAUGUAAAUAAAAGUUUGUUACUGUU